UUGUAUAGGUGUUCUGUGGUGUUGGUUUAGACAACGUUUAGAGUAUCACAAACAUGGACGAUAGUGAGAAUACAACUUCGAUUGAUGAUCGCAGUGAAGCAUAUUCAGAAGCAUCUGCCAGAGACUGUUUAGCUGAAGGCAUAAUUGGCCUUCUGCUUCCAACUGUGGAGCAAAUAGACGAACGAGUGAGGUCCACAAGGAUCAGUCAGCUAGAGCUUCGACAACAUAUUGACGCUUUGGCAGAAGACCUUCGGGCAUUGUCCGAAAACCAGCAGAUACCCUAUGACCUCGACAGCUAUGUCAAGAAACUUGUAAAUGCGAAAAGGAGAGUAGUGCUCGUCAACAGUAUCCUUCAGAACACCCAGGAACGUCUGAACAGAAUCAACCAGAGCAUCACCCGUGAAAAUGAGAGACGUACAGCACUCUUGGAGCCACAAGUUUCUACACCAAGCGAAGGAUAGCUCUAUGUACUGUCUACUGUGUUAUUAUAUUGCAACAUUCCUUGCAAUCAAUAUCCGUUCCACAUCAAAGCAUAUACCUCUUUAACGAAUACAUCCUUGUCAUUUCUUGUGCAGUGCACAGCAUUAACAUGAAGACAUGUUAACUGUAACAAGAUAUUUUAAUUGAGUACAAGCAUACCAGUGUGUGUAGACUUGUUUGGCUUUGCAGUUGGAUUGACAAAUUCACCAAUGAAGAGUGUGCUGCAUUAGUUGACUGUACAAGUAGUCAUUUUGCAUCGUUGGAAGAAACUGAAGAUCCUUGUGUCGAUGAUCAUUUGUGUUGUGCACAUGUUGAGUUGUGCAGCCAAAGCUACAUCUGAAACAAGUGUGGGGCCUCUGGUUUUGCCCGUAAUACACCAGCCCAUGCACCAAACUGCUGACUAGUUUCAGCUAGAAACAGUUCUAUUGUAAUAAUCAGUAGGCUCUCUGAAAUAGAUGGCACAAUAUGCACUUAGCUUAGCAGCUUCUCAACAGUGUUUACAAUGGAGAAUCUUGACAAAAGAGUCUGACAUGCUAGGCCGAAGAUUGCGAGCUCUUGCCUACCACUGUAAGCAUUAAAAAGUAACCUGGAAAUUCAAAAUAUACAGACUUUUGUGCAUUAGGUGUUCGAAAUUCUUUACUGUUACAAUUGGUUAGGUGGACAAAUGUUACCUUUCUUUUUUUAGCUGUCAGCAGGUGAUGCCUUUUAGAUUCACCAUAAAGCUUUUUUUCUUUGGUGUUUUAGUUGGACAACUGCACAUUUAUUUUGGCUGUUUAUUAUUUUCUGUGCUAGAAAAAAAGCAUUCAUUGUGAAAUUUGAAGUGCACACAACAGACAAGGACGCAGAGAAGGUUAUUACUUAUCAACUAGGUUACUUACCAACUUACCCAACUAUCAGUUCUGCUGAAUGCAAGAAAAUCAUGUUUUUGUAAAAAGGAAGGCAACUAACUUUGAGGCAAAUUUGAAAUAUGAAAGAUCAUUGCCAUCAGGGUUUUUCCACUAUUUCCAGCUAGCCAAUUUGCUUAGUAAGAAGACCCGAAUCGUUUCGGACUAGGGGUUCACUCAUACUUGAAUACAUGAAUAAGAUAUGGCAAAUCAGUUAUGCGGAAUCCCGCAAGGUAGAGGAAGCAUUAUGAAAGGCAAAAAAAUUUCAUCCACCUAAAUGUAGCAUGAAGCUAUAAAGGAAACCCAUAUGCAUUUCUCAGAAAGAAUGUGUCGCACUUGAAGAAAAAUUCAUUCUUGUCAGGGAUUCAAACCCGGGACCAACACCUUUCUAGGGCAGUCUCUCUGCCAUCUGAGCUAACCAGGAGGCUAGCAGAUCGCAGCAAGAGGGUGAAUUAAUUGCCAACUCGAAGCAUAAGGACACUGAAUAUGGCAAAUCAGUUCUGCGGAAUCCCGCAAGGUGGAGGAGGUAUCAUGAAAGGGAAAAAUUGUCAUCCACUGGAAUGUAGCAUGAAGCUGGUACAGUAACAUAGCUUCAAUCGACAACAGAUCAACAUGCAGGCCCUUGGCGGUGUAAUAGUAAAGCAUGUAGCAACAGAAAAUAAAAACAUGCUUAUUAAGGCAAAAAGAGCAUGCCAUCCUAGCUGUUAGCUUUGCUUGCUAAUAAAUGUCAAGAACUCCAGAGCGCAAAUCCCUUCACAAAUUAGCGUGAAGGAACAAAGGUUGUCCAUGGACUUGGGCUUCAGUAGAGUGUAUCAUUCGUGCAUGAUGUAUCCUACAGCACUGAAGUUGCCCUCGCUGCUGGCGCUUUUAGCUCGAAUCACCAAGAUCUUUCAUACAAGUUUGUCAAGUUUCAGGUAGUUACUUUCUUUGCCUUUCCAAUACUUAAGUUCUGAUUCUGAGCACGCGCUUAACGAUUGAGCACGCAGGUACUCGCUAAUUUCAUCCUGAUCAUGCGCUGUGAUUGAGCACGCAGGUACUCCCUAAUUUCACCAUGGUCAUGCGCUGUGUUGUCAUCAUUGUCGCACCGCUCACUGAAUGGUUCCAUGUGCUGAAUUGUUGCAGGGUGCUCUUUGGACUUACUGCGUCGUGUUGGAAACUCAAACGAUUCUGUCAACUGCCUCGCAUGUGCGUGCACCUCGUUGCACACUUAUGGCGAAAGCAUUUGCAGGUGCUUGAAUUGAGCCCACAGAAAAGUUGUGACUUUAUGAUGCACGGCCAAGUUUACUUUGGCAGUCAAAAAAUUUCAUGUGCGUAAUUAAAUCUUUGUUAUUGCCAUUGUUUUUGCUGAAGUAUUGCAUGGCCUCUCAAGGCUUGCAAUUUUUGCCAUAUGCAAUAUGGCAAGUGCAGCAAUGGACAUCUAUCGGCCCCAAGUGCACACAAAGCAUCUUGAAAUGGUCCCAGAAAAGUGAUCAGAACCCUCACCGUAUUCUUGUUAAUGGCUUAUGUAGCAUCAGGAUUCCUCGUUUCAAGCAGCACUUCUAUAUUUUCAAAUUGGUGGAACACAGAUCAGAGCAUCGCAAGUUUGGAGUUCCAUCAUGUUGGAACCUCCUGUAAUACUCCGUCGCUGAGUUGACUGGCUGAUCUACUUUAUUUGAGGAAUUGGACAAGACAUUUUACAUUCUGCAAGUUCUCAUAGAUUGAAGUGGCCUCUUCUGCCAUGAAUUCCUUGGCAAAAGUGUUGCAGAGGACAGUGUUCAGAAAGUGGGCAUAACUUCUAUGGUAGAGCUGUAAAGCGCAAAUAAUGUUCAUGCCCUGGUCGGUGACAAAUAUCACCUUGGCCAAGGCAUAUGCCUGGUUUGGCAAACCAACACAACAGCUCUUUCCAGAUGCUCUUGCUGCUUUUUUUCUCACUUGGGAAAGCACAUGUGAAGAGCACGUACGAGUGUAGCUUCCAUUUGUCAUGAUGUAAGUGCGGUAGCGGUUGUGAAAGAAAUUUUUCUGUAAUCAUCUGUCCGCAUGCCUGUCAUGAUUGUGCACUGGCUCUCAUUUAUAGUUGCCAGAAGUUCAGGCAUGAGCUAGCACCUUACAUUUGCAGCAAGUUCUCCUACUUUUGUUGCAGCUAUUGUAGAAUGAGGGAGGAUGUUUCCUGCAUGUAAAGCUCCAUGACGCGCACCACUAUGCAUUAGUUCUUCGGCUAGCUUCACAAAUCCCCACAUACAGUGUCGUAAGGGCAUAAAUCUUGAGUUAAAAAGCAUGCUAUGCAAAUGAAAAAUUUUCUUUCAUAGUUCUGGAACAAGUGCGCUUGUGUGUUUUAAAUACUUUGUUAUACUUGCCUUUUCUGGACAUUCCACUGCUUUACAUGGGUGCCUGUGCAGGUCUGAAUCGCCACUUUUUUAUGAAGCGUAGGCUAUGCAUCGCACUUAUCCAACAGGCGCUAGUGUUGCACUGUCCACCACAAGAUCAAACUUGUCUCACACGGCACUCUUGGCAUUGAAUUUUCAAACCAGUUUAUUAGCCCCAAGAAUGGCCUACAGGGGCGCUGCGAGUGCCACUCACGUGAUGUCAGGGCAUGGACCCAUAACUGCCGUCUGCUGCAGUUCUGGUCAUGUCCGGGCGCGUUCUGCAGUGUUUCUGUCUGUUCGUUAUGCUUGCAUACUUAUGGCGGUUGUCUCAAAUAUAUUUUUACGUCUUCAUUAGCGAAAAUUAAUUUGAAGAGCUUAUUUCCUAGACCACAAUAUAUUUCUCGAAGGUAAUGCUACAGUGCCAGCCAUAGAAGUUCAGACCAGCUCAUUGAGUUUUUCAUGCGUGGAUUUGCACUUUGCAGUGGUAGCUCACGUGAAUCAUAAAAGCAUAACCGCAAGAACAGUACAUAAGAAUCCGGUUAGGGAUAUAAUACCUGCCGUGAUGCAACAAGCAUCUCACAAAUGCUGGCUAUAUAUGACUUCCACAACAUUUACCUUGAAUUUAUAUGCUAAAACAUGUUUGCUCACGAUGAGUAGUUCAUGGUAUAAUAUCGAAUUUUGCAUUUCUUCACAUAAACGCUCGGCAGUAACACGAGAACUUAACACUGCAGUUUUCUACAAGGCACCACUUGUUUCUUUAACUGCGUCUGAAAAUUGGAAAUUGGGCUGUUAUUCACGGUUAAUCUUAAGCAGCGGUAAAUUGAAGUAAUGGUAAUUGAGGCCUACAGCUGUUUGCAGCAUACAGAAAGGAACGUACCAAUAUUGAUUCCCUUUUCCAUGCUACGCGUUCAACUCACUUGAGCAAUUUACUGGUGAUUUUUGAUUGAGGAAAAGACAUGACGAAUCUGUUUGGCGAACUGGCACAGGCUGCUCGGCCCACAUUUUUGAGUGAAAUACGCCUUUUGGACCGUAUGGCUGCAGCCAGAAAGAAGCCGAAGCCUCAUUCAUUAGUAAUGUUGAAGAUAUAAUUAUUCCCCGCUGGAGAUCAAACAUCAAGUAAAUUCAUGUGAGGCUUGUAGUGUCUUGCUUAUGAGGCAGGUAUGCGAGUUUUUCUUUUAUGUGCUGACAAAGUGAAUAGUUCUGUGUGUGUAAAAUUAAACAUGCAGGAUCGAGACAUGGUGAGGCAAAA